UAAAAGCCCCAGAACAGGAGGAGUGAGCAGAAUCUGAGAAACUCACUUCUGAACAGGAGUCCAUCCUCAUCACAGACACAAUGACCCACUCGUGCUGCUCCCCGUGCUGCCAGCCCACCUGCUGUCAGCCCACUAGCUGCAGGACCACUUGCUGUGAGUCCAGCUGCUGCAAGCCCUGCUGCCCCCCAGCUUGCUGUCAAACCACCUGUUGCAGGACCACCUGCUGCAGACCUACUUGUGUGACCUCCUGCUGCCAGCCCACCUGUUGCAGCAAACCCUGCUGUCAGCCCACCUGCUGUGAGACCAUCUGCUGCCAGCCCUCCUGCCCCCCAACUUGCUAUCAAACUAGUGAAACCACCUGCUGUAGGACCACCUGCUGCAAGCCUACUUGUGUGACCACCUGCUGCCAGCCCACCUGCUGUGGGUCCAGCAGCUGUGGACAAACCUUCAGUGGGUCCAGCUGCGGCCAGCCUUGCUGUCAGCCAGCUUGCUGUGCUCCUGUGUACUGCCACAGAAUCUGCUACCACCCCACGUGCUGCUGCCUCCUUGGGUGCCAAGCCCAGGAAUGUGGAUCCAGCUGCUGCCAGCCUUGUAGCCGCCCUGUCUGCUGUCAGACCACUUGCUGUCGCCCUACGUGUGUAUCCAGCUGCUUCCAGCCUUCCUGUUGCUGAUCACCUCACCAGAGAACCCCUGUCCCCAACAACACUUUAUAGCAACUGAGUUGCUACUUGGGGACAAAAAAUUACUUCUUAGACUUUGCUGACUGGUAUGCUCUACCAGAAUUUGUUACCCAUCUGCCUCUUUAAAAGCUUAUAAAUCAGCUUGAUAGAGUGCAGAGGGUUCUCCCAGUUGUCUUUCUCUGGUGUAGGAAGACCAUGUGCCAGGCAUCUUUGAUAAAGACUUAUGUCUUGGUUUUGACUCUGAAAAUAGGACUGACCAUGUUGUACUUCUAAGUAAUUUAGGAAAACAAAUCCUCUUAAUGUUUCUAUAGGUUUCUGCAGCUUAUCAUGAUUAAUAUAAUCAUAUGUUUCUCUAUCAAUAUCCCCAUGGCUCUUGUACCCUGCAUUUUCCUUUUAUGAUGCCUUUGAAUUGUCUUCCUAGAUGCGGUAGUCUUGCCUGUGUGUUUCUCAAUAAAUUCUUUGCUAUAAUCUUCCUA